UCGUGUUGUAAGGUCGAACGAGAUCCGCGUUCGAUGGUAUACAUUGCAGACCAUUCUAGAGGUGCACACGCGCAGAACAUCACGUUCGUCGGAUUGCGUGUCGUGAGUCAUUGUUGUGUUGACAGUUGAACCAGAUCGGUCCUCGUGUCACCGUUGGCAGCUGAGAAACAGAUAGACGGGUGGACGCAUCUGUACGCGACGCGUUUGCGAGACGCGUAGUAACCAGUGGUGGACGAAACUACGCAGCUUUUUGCGUCUCAGCUAACCAAGCUGAUAUAUCGCUGGACGGUAAAAUUCGUGGUGAGUGUUGCGUAUACACCAAGUGGUGCGCGAACGUAAUUCUGUGUACAGAUCGAAGACUGGCAUCUGGUGACGGGUGGCCGUGGCGAGCGCGAUAAAAACGCAGCUUAAGCGUCGAUGAAUUUCUCGAUACACAGCCGUCGGACGGUUAUGUAACAACCAGUGAAAAACCAGACACACGGGGAGAGUGCUCGGCGUAAAAAACGGACGCGUCAGUGAAUAAACAGAGACAGAUAUAGAGUCGGGUGGGCGAUCGAUCGUAAUCGAACCGAACCGAACCGAUCGCGCUUUUCCAUUGAUUGUGUUGUGUUGUGCGCGGCGAGCGACGGGCAGCAGUACACUCUGCUCCAGUCGCGCGAAAGACACGAGAGCCCGUGUGAACUUUCGAUUGGCACGCAGUCAGUCCCGCGGCAUCGAUGGUGCGCAGUUCGACAAUGGAGCAGACGUUCUACGAGGACGCGAGCGUCUACGGCGCCGUGAAUCGCGAGAACAACGUGGGCCAGCUGAAGCGUAACCUCACGCUGGACCUGAACGGAUGUCAGAGGCAGGGUCCUCAAGCGAGGAGGCCGCGACUGGCGCCCCUACCACCUGCGUUAAACAACGUCGCGCCGUUAUUGAGUUCACCAGACCUGAACAUGUUGAAACUGGGUUCGCCAGAAUUGGAGAAAUUCAUUAUCGCCCAGCAGGACAGUAUCGUGAAUCUACCCACUCCCACGCAGAUCCUGUUCCCAAAGGCGGUUACCGAGGCGCAGGAAUUAUACGCUCGCGGUUUCGUCGAUGCUUUGAACGAGUUGCAUCACUCGGACAGCUCGCAAGAACCCGGUAGCAUUCAUGGAGCCACGUAUACCACUUUAGAGCCACCGAACAGCGUGCAGAGCACUGAAUCGUCUGUGAGCCAGUGUCUGGUACAGAUCAAGGACGAGCCCCAGACGGUACCUAGUGUGUCGAGUUCGCCGCCAAUGUCCCCGAUCGACAUGGAGAACCAGGAGAGGAUCAAACUGGAGAGGAAGCGUCAGAGGAACCGUGUGGCCGCGUCAAAGUGUCGCAGGCGCAAGCUCGAGCGGAUCUCCAGGUUGGAGGACAAGGUCAAGCUGCUGAAGGGCGAGAACACCGAGCUGAGCGCAGUGGUGCACAGGCUGAAGGAGCACGUGUGCCGGCUGAAGGAGCAGGUGAUGGACCACGUGCACUCCGGUUGCCAGAUCAUGGCUGUGUCGGGUCAGUUCUGAGCCGACGCUAACAGACGGGACGCUAUGACGUAUGUUGUUUCGUCUGACGGUGUAUCUGAUGUACGCGACCACGCUGCCCGGGGCAACAACGAUCACGAGGACGACGUAACCUUCGGUUUCUCGUUCGAUUCGUUGAAUUCGGGAAAUGAGGACACGGUGAUGCUGAUCGUGUGCGACGGCGUGAAAGAAGAGGAGGAGGAAGAAGAAGAAGAUGGUGAAGAAAAGACGGAGGAGUGAGGAGGGAGUGCCUUGAUGUGCCGCGAGAUAAACGGAGAGAUACAUUCUUUUCGAAAAGGGACGAGAUAAUAUUCAUCUCUGUACAUACACACGUCUCUCUCAUUGCGUGUGCUGCUUGCUGCUUUCGGGUGUACGCGUUGCGUGCACGUCCGAUUGCGGUAGUGAGGAGAAGGGUAGGCCAUGAAGAGCGACA